AUGAAGAAUAAUUAUGUCAAAGAUAAUUUCUCAAAACCUCAAGAUUAUUUGGAUGGUACUUAAGAUGAAUUGAAAGCCAAAAUUAAAAUCUUAAUGAAUAAAUUAUAAAUCACUAAGAAAGAAAAAGAAAUUUUAACUAAAGAUAAUCAAAAUCUCUAAUAAGAAAUUUUAUAGAUGCAAUCCAAUCUUAGAUGCAUGGUUUCUGGAUUUGCAAAUACAAGUAUCACAUUUCCUAUGACUAAUGAAUUAACUAAUUCCAUAGCAGAAUUUUAUAAAUGUGAAUGUUUUGAUAUUUUUUUUGAUGUUCUAAGUCAAGAAUUAAACAUCAAGGGAAUUAUUUAUUUUUUCUAAACCUCCAUGUAUCGAAUAGAUAAAAUCAUUAAUGAAUAUUUUACUCCCUUAUUCAAAAACAUAUUAGAUGUAAUUUUUAUUUUAUUAUACAAGAUUGCUUGUUUAACUACAAUUGAAGGACCUAUCAUUAAUGUUUUGAGAAAAUCUUUUCAAAGUAAUUAUAAAUAAAUUUAUGAAAAAUGCAUGAUAAAUCUAAUCAGCGUCAAAUUAGAGUUGCAAAAAAGUCUUAAACUCAACAAUGGCGAUAUAAUUGAAUCAUUUUUAAGUAAAUGUAAAAUAAUAUACUACUAGACAAGUUGGCAGAAAUAAUGUUUAACUGUUUCAUUAGUGAUCCAUCCCUAUGUUUUGAUAUCCAAUCAAUUGGACAAAGACAUUAAUUUAAUUAAAGUAAAAAUGACCCCAUAGAUGGAUUCAUCAAAAAUAAAGAAGAAUGUAUUAUUUUAAUGCCAGGAGUGUAUAAAAAUUAGGAAUAAAUGGCAAAGUCUCUAGUAUUAUCAUAUUCCUAUUAAUUAGAAAAUAACUGA